UGUCCGAGGUCUGCGUCCAACACCCCUCUGCAUCUUUUUCUUGGAAAGUGGAGGCCCUGAGCACCCGUUAAACCCUCAUUGGUUCAUAAGAAAAGGGUCUAGAGAAGCCCAGGGCUGAAGUGACCUUUUUCCCUCUUUCAGCCUCUCCUCGGCAGCUCACUCCAUGGCGGUUCCCGAGACCCGCCCGAACCACACGAUUUACAUCAACAACCUCAAUGAGAAGAUCAAGAAAGACGAGCUGAAGAAGUCCCUCUAUGCCAUCUUCUCCCAGUUUGGCCAGAUCCUGGAUAUCUUGGUAUCACGGAGCCUGAAGAUGAGGGGCCAAGCCUUUGUCAUCUUUAAGGAGGUCAGCAGUGCCACCAAUGCCCUGCGCUCCAUGCAGGGCUUCCCUUUCUACGACAAGCCCAUGCGCAUUCAGUACGCCAAAACCGACUCUGAUAUCAUCGCCAAGAUGAAGGGCACCUUUGUGGAGCGGGACCGGAAGCGGGAGAAGAGGAAGCCGAAGAGCCAAGAGACCCCAGCUGCCAAGAAGGCCGUGCAGGGUGGGGCAGCUGCCCCUGUGGUGGGCGCUGUCCAGGGGCCUGUCCCAGGCAUGCCGCCGAUGGCCCAGCCCCCACGCAUCAUGCACCACAUGCCAGGCCAGCCUCCGUACAUGCCGCCACCUGGUAUGAUCCCACCGCCUGGCCUGGCGCCUGGCCAGAUUCCUCCGGGGGCCAUGCCCCCACAGCAGCUCAUGCCAGGACAGAUGCCACCAGCACAGCCUCUUUCAGAAAACCCACCAAAUCACAUCUUGUUCCUCACCAACCUGCCAGAGGAGACCAGCGAGCUGAUGCUGUCCAUGCUUUUCAACCAGUUCCCUGGCUUCAAAGAAGUCCGCCUGGUGCCAGGGCGGCAUGACAUCGCCUUCGUGGAGUUUGACAAUGAGGUGCAGGCAGGGGCCGCUCGUGAUGCCCUGCAGGGCUUCAAGAUCACUCAGAACAAUGCCAUGAAGAUCUCCUUUGCCAAGAAGUAGUGCCUUUAACCCCAUACCCCCCACCCCCAAUCCCUAUUCUCAGGCCUCCCCUUAUCCCCAACCCCCUCCCCCUUGGCUCAGUCCCCGAAGGUAAGUCCCCCUCAGGGGCCUCCUCGGAGCUGCAUGUGUGAGUGAGUGGUCACACAGCAUUGUACCCAGAGUCUGUCCCCAGACAUUGCACCUGGCGCUGUUAGGCUGGAAUUAAAGCGAUUUGUUGUUGAGGUUUGUUUUUUCACAA